AUGCGCCUAGCGACGGACUGCUCGAUACUUCUGAUUUCUGGUAUUUCAAGAAGACCGACGACAAAAUUCUUCCGGUCCAGAUCCAGCCUGGUCGAGCGGAUAUUGCACAAGGGUCUCAUCUACUACUAG